UGCGAUUCACUUGUAUUGUACCUAUCCUUUUGCCUUUGAGCUAUAACGUACAGCGUCUGAGGUGCGUCAUCCAGUAAUGAAGGUUUACUUUCGUUUUCGUUAGGGCGCGGCGGCCUACAUUCACUUCGUCUCGAUCUUCGUCUCCUUUUAUGUUCGUUAUUUAUCUCCACAAAGACAACAUUUGCUGGUGAGAAUCAUCUUUAGUGGGCUAUUUUAGCCGCAAUCGGGAUUUUGGCGUUUAUCAUGGUGCCAAUCAUGCGGCUUUUCCGGAAUCUCCCGGCGCUCUUCGCCCUUGUCUGCGCCACAACAGGACAAGGUGUGGGGAAAGACAGCAUCUUUGCUGAUACAAUCUACAGAAAAGUUGGUGACUCCGUUGUCCUGAAUCCUGGUCAGCCUUUUAAUGCCAUCAGUAGCGCAACAUGGAAACACAAUACGGACCUCGCCUCGGAGUGGUUUGGAACAGGCAAUGUUGAUUGUUACAGAGAUUUUAAAGAUCGAUGUAGCUUGAAUAAAAAAGAUGGAAGCUUCACUAUCAGCAACCUGAAAGUAGAGGACAGCGGCAUCUACACACCUGAGAUCAACGACAAAGUUCUAAACGCAGCUGAAACUCCAGGUUAUCAAACCGGUCCCAAAACCCACGGUGUCCGUAAAGUGCAACUAUGAGAAGACCCUCUGUAAUCUCACCUGUGAAGCCAACGUCAGCGCUGAGUUUGGAACUGUCAAAUACGAAUGGAGAACUGGAGAGGUGGUGCUGUCCAAUAACAAGGAGCUGAUUAUAACGGAUAACAAGGAGAGCUCCUUCAUCUGCGAGUUGGAAAACCGUGUCAGCAGCAGCUCCAGUGAUGGAGUUGAUAACCCCCUUAGCAGUGGGAAUCAUUUGGCAAAGACUGUAAUUGUGUUACUGAUUGGGGCUGCAGCUGUGGUUCUGAUUUUGGUCGGAUG